CGUACCGCGAAGACGAUGCGCGCGCUGCCCGCUACACAGCAGAUUUUCCUGAAGAUUCCGGACUCGCUGGUGGAGGAUGAGGCAGAGGACGGUGUGUGCCGGUGAGACGAGGUUUUGGUUUCGCAAGUGAACCAGAGUGGGGCCAUUGUCUGUCGCGUCGCGUCGCGUUUCCUCGUCUGUCGCCGCCUCGAGCAGUUGGACUCGGCCGCCUAUUAAUAGACAGCUUCGCGACCGCCUACUGCCUAGCUGCUGCUGGUCAUGGGCAGCUUAUCAAAGAAGGCAAUUGGAGGAAGCAUCCACCGUAUCAGAGAAUUUGAGCUAGAGAAGGUGAGCCUGGCGGAGGAGUUCGACAUCCUGCAGAUCGUGGGCGAGGGCUGGUUCGGCAAGAUCCUGCUGGUGGAGCACCGCGCCACCGACACCGAGAUGGUGCUGAAGGCACUGCCCAAGCCGUACACCGCGCUGCGCGACUUCUUCCGCGAGUUCCACUACGGGCUGCACCUGUCAGCGCACCGCAACAUCAUCACCACGUACGACGUCGCCUUCGAGACGGCCGGCUUCUACGUCUUCUCGCAGGAGUACGCGCCGCUCGGCGACCUCACCUCCAACGUGUCCGAGGCGGGCAUCGGCGAACUGCACACCAAGCGCGUCGCCAAGCAGCUGGCGUCGGCGCUGGACCACCUGCACGCGCGCGAGCUGGUGCACCGCGACGUGAAGCUGGACAACGUGCUGGUCUUCCGGUCGGAUUUCUCGCGCGUCAAGCUCUGCGAUUUCGGCGAGACGCGUCGUGCUGGGACGCUGGUGCGCAGGCGCAACGAGUGGUUGCCGUACUCGCCGCCAGAGGUGCUACUCACCAACACCGACGACACCUAUAAGGCAGAGACGUGCCACGACGUGUGGCAGUUCGGCAUUGUGGUGUUCGUCUGCCUGACGGGGUGCCUGCCGUGGCAGAAGGCGGCGGCCGAGGACCCCCGCUACGCCCGCUACGUGCACUGGCACGGCAGCAACGGCAUGCUGCAGCCCGUGCGCAGGCCCAAGCUGUUCAAGCAGCUGUCGUCGCGCGCGCAGCGCCUCUUCCGGAAGCUGCUGGAGCCGCGCCUGGACAAGCGGCCGAGCGAUCUGCGUGACCUGCACCGCUUCCUCGAGGACCGCUGGCUGGGCCGCGCGCCCACCGACACCCGGCAAGGAGGUGAGGACGACGAGCUGUGCCCAUCCAUGUACAGCUUCCACAGCAGCCAGGAAGAGAAGGACAAGCUGCUUUACACACUUACUCAGUACGGCAUUGAAACAACAGUUGAUCGAUCUACCAAGAAGGACCGUAUCCGUGAUUGGAUACAGAACAGUGUGAUAGAAGAGGAGGAGGAGGAGGAAGACCUAGGUGAUGAAGAAGCUUUGCUUGCUGAAGAAGAGGAGGAAGAAAGGGCAGCAGUGAUGGAGGCACGGCGUGGCCCUCUCGAGAACGGUGUCUGUGUAUCUGGCUCUGCGAGCCGAUCUGCCAGCCACUGAUACCUGCAAAAAGUCACACCAGAUGUGUGAGGCUCCCAGGGGGAUGAUAAAAGUCUAGAAGCUGUGACACACACAGCUGCAUCUAAAUUGCUUACAGAGCUUGAAGGUGCAGUUACAUUGUGAUCCAGCACUACAAGUGGCUUCUUAAAGAGGAGUCAGAAAUCAAAUGGAACACCAUAUUGUGAGCUGAAAUGCUCAUCUCAGUAUGAAAUGCUCUACCUGGCUGCGAUGGUGAGCUUAAUCAUUAUUUGUCUCAAAGUAAGUUUAUUUGAAUGGACAAUUUAUAGACUUAUUUGGCAAAAAUAUCAUUAUUGUUUGAUGAUCACUAUUCUUUUCAGUGGAAAUGAAUAUGGUAUUUGAAAACUUGUGUUACCUGGAUGAAGCAUAAUUUAUGAUAAAUGUGUACAGUUUUGCAAAUACUGCAACAGUUACAUGUAUGAGGAGGAAUAUUAUGUAAUGACUAAAGGAUAUCAGAAGAAAGUAUAAUUGUUAGUUAAGAGAGAUUUAAAGUAGAUGUCCACUCCUACCAGCAACAACCUUAAAUGGUUUAUGAUGUGGACAGAUUAUGUGCUCUUACGUAUACAAAUGGAUAUAAACUUUUGUGAACAGCUCUGACUGAAAAUCGAUAUAUAUAAUUGAGAAUGUAUUAAUCGUUAGUCAUAUUAUUAAUUUUAAUAAAAAAUCAGAUUUUUUUACAUUAAGUACCACACACUAAAAUGUUUGUGCAUAUUUACAUGAUAAAAGAACUUUUUGAUUUCUAUUCAAGUGUAUCUCCAAAACCAGUUUACAAAAUAGAACAAGAAGUUCUUCCCUUAGAGGUACUCAUUCUACCCUCUUAACAAAACUGUUUUAUCUCUGUGAUCCCCUUUGUACAGAUGCCUGGUUUGCAUGCUUUCUUAAAACCACACUGACUGCAAUGAAUCAGAUAAAAACAUGAGUUUUCUAAUCUUCUUCAAGAAGAAAUACCAGAAUAAUUAUUUGAAGGAGAAAAUGCAAAAUUUUACUCUUAAAGUUAAAAUGAGAAAGAUUUUACUGCUUUGCUCGAGGAAUUUAAUUAGUUAGUUGAAUCAUUUUAGAUAUGCAGCUAAAUAGAGAAAAUGUUGUAUAACACACAAUAGAGUGUUACAAGAUUGGUAGCAGUCUGUUGUAAUACAAUGUGCAGCUGACUAAAAGAGGCUUAAGGCUCACUUACAACUAUGCCAUGAAUGAAUGAUUGAAUUACUGUAUGAUUCCACCUUCAGUCCUGAUCUUUCUACUUAAUGUAGUUUCUGUCUCACAUGAGGAACUCAAAAAUCUUUGUCAUACAUCUCACACACUUUCUUUUGUUGGUAAAAUGUUGUUCCUUUCUACAGAAUGCUGAUGCAUAGAAAAUGCUGUGCUGCAACCUUCAUUACAUACUAUACUAUCUUCACUUCAUAGCCUAUUUUUGUAAAAAGGGACAACUGACAAGAUCAUACCAUGUGAAGAAAUACAAAAUGUGUAGGAUAUCAAAGAGAAUUACAUGACCACUCUACCAAGAAUGGUAAAUGAAUAAAUCAAUGAAAAACUAUGAUAAAAAGUAAAGAUGGCAGUUCUGGAUUGCUUCCAAAAGUAGGAGAAAUAAAGUAACUAACACAAAUUAUUGAUAAUUAAGGAAAAGAUGAAAUAUAGAGAGUCAAUGAGAAAGCAUGGACAGUGGGAUAGGCCCCUAAUAUGACAUUGGAGAAAUUUCACCAAAACUUUAGUAUGCAGAUAAUGAAGGUACCACAGUUCUCUGUUAAGUUUUGACAUUCUCACUGCAGUCACCAUUCUAUGCUCUAGCAAAAUGGGAUGAUAAGGAUAUAUGACUUUCUAGGAAAAUGUAGGAAGAACAUUAUGUAUAGAUGAUGACUACCAAAGAAACAUAAGGCACAUCUGUACUUCUGGUAUUUUCUCCACACAUGGAUGAUAAAAAUUGAGUUAGGAGCAAAAUUGGAAAGCAGAAAUUUAUCAUCCGACAUCAUCUUGCAGUAUUUCAGAAAUUUUAGAGUAGUACUUUCACAAAGAAAAUGUGGUAUGACCUAUAUCACACAGAGAAAAAGAGCCAGUGUGAUGUUGAAAAGGAAGACUAUAAUAAGAGAAAUGUUUGUAACUACUCUUAAUAAGCAACCAAAAACUGGUAAAUGUCGGAGGUCAGAAACUGAACAUCUGAAAGCAUGCAAAUGAUGUAGAUAUAUGUCACAAUGAUUGAUUCCAUGCAAUGGUUUAUUUCUGUGUUACAAUAUCACCAAACAUUCCCUUGUCGUACCAUUGAAAGUUUUUAGACCUGGAAUUUAUACACUUGCAACUGCAUCACAGAAGAAUGCAUAUUUGGAGCUCACUAAGUUGUUUUUCUUUAUCUUUUUGUGUCUUCAAUAUGUAAUUUUACGUAUGUUACCAAUGACAGAGCAAAUAUAGCCUUAUCUAUGCCCCAUAAAUGUUUAUACAGUGUUGCAGAAUACUGAAGUCCAUGGUGCUAUAUAUCACACCACAGUAAAAUAUUAAGUUGAAUACAUACAAUUUGUCACUAUCUUUAUAGCUAAGAUAUAACUGAUGCUAAAAUUUCUCUUCGUGACAUUUCCAAGGUAUAGGUGAAUUUUAGGUAAGCCUGUUCUUAAACUGCUUUUUAAAAGUUCCUUCAGUUAACAUUUUCAACUAUAUAUGACUUCUCUUAUAAAAUCACUUUACAUUCAUUUGACUGAAAAGUAAUACAUUUGUGCUGAUGAUUUUUUAUGUAACAAAAAUUUUCAAAAUUUAAUAUUUUUCACUUCUGGUGUGUAUACAGCAUCAGUUUUUUUCUUCAUAUUCCUUUUCAAAUGAACUUCCCUAACAUUACUUUUGUUUAUAAUAGAAUUAUAUUUAUGCUGGGAGGCAUACUAGCUCUUUUUUUUCCAGGCAGUUCAUCACAACAAAUUUGUGGUACCUAUCUGAAGGACACAUAGUUUUUGACAUGGAAAAAAAUUAUAUUUAUAUGUCAGUGUUUCAGAUUAUGGCUACUGCCACUGAAAAGAGAUGUUGGGAAUUCAGUGUUGAAUAGGUGUAUGGGAAAGAAGAUGUGAGCAAAGAGCAUAUAAGAAUGAAAAGUAUAACUAACUGCUUCCACUUUUGUAUCAUCUAUUCUUUUGCAUGGCAGCACAAAACUGCGUAUUGUCACCUAGUCCACGGUAAGUUGCCAUCUAGUCACCAGAGAAACAAACUUGAUUGCUUGAUUGCCCAAAAACUGAUGUGAGCCAUCUGCUGACCAUUUCUCAUUGUAUCAUAUUAUUUUCUACUUUCCAUGGAACAGAAAUUUGCAAAUAGAAAUUUUUUGCUGUUUCUGAUUUACAUUAAUGGUAACUGCACCUCCUACAACACUUCACCAAUGAAAAGUCACAGCCUUGUAAGUGACUGUAAAGGUUACUGAACUCUCGCCCAAAGUGAGAGUUUAAGUAUUUAUUUUCUCUCUGAGCACAGAGAGAUCUAGAAAACAACACUUUCAAUGAAAUUUAAUUCUUUAUGGCAAAGCUCCCAACCAGCAUUUUAGUCGAAAAGUUUUCAUGCAUGUCUAGCUAUGAAAAUAUUACACAGUUAUUAGUAACUGGUCAUAGGUCACUGUUCUCACCUGAAUAAAAAAAAAAAAAAUCACGUUUUGUCAGAUGUUUCUUGUCAAGGCAAAACUGAAGCCAUCAUCAACUUUAAGGUUGGUUUGAACAUCUCAGCACUUUACUAGGCCUUGUAAUACUGGAGGUGGUAUGACAUUUCCUCUAUUCGACUUUUAAACUGGCCUGCUGAGUCAUUUAUUGGAGGACUAAUGGGGAACCUACAAUUUAAUCAGAACGACAAUAAAAUUUUACAUUUUUCACUUUAACAAAUGUAUACCAGAGGUAAAAGAAGUAAUCAGUGACAGAUAAAAACCCUUGAAUUGAAUGAGGAUUUAAACCUUUGGAUUUGUAAUCUGGCAUCUAUUUAGCCAUUGAGCCUUUCUGUUACAACACCAUGGCUGUCAGUUUAUUUUACUACAGUCCAUGCAAAAUUACCAAAUUCUGUGUAUUCUCCUCCUGUGUAAUUGCAGCUCCUGUAUAAUUCUGGCAAGUCUGUGCUUUCUUGUCUCUAUUAGUGGCAUUUAACUUCCAUCCACAACUAAACUUAUUGGUAGUGAUAUUUCUUGUUCAACUCUUUAUAAUCUUCUAUACCAUAAGAACAUGUACAGCAGAAUGCAUAGUUUUGCCAACAAGGCCAAAAUUUGAAAAAAAGAGCUUUACUUCUGGUCAACUGAAUUUACUGUAACCACACACAUACAUGUAUAGGUAUAAUAUAUAAUAUGUUUUAUUAUUACAACUACAGAAAGAGAUCAGAUUACUUUCUGCCACUUGAUGUACAGUUGGAAAUUACUGAAAGCACUAGUUUAAUUAUUGUCACUGUGGCUCAUUUGAAGCUUUUGAGCAUCAAAAUAAUGAGUAUUAAUUACUUUCCAAAACCAGAGCACUCAAAUUUUUCUUUGAGUGACAUUACAAAGGACUUAAAGAUUCUUUUAAUCAAAAAGACAAAGGAGAAAAUUCUGUGACAAACAUACGACAACAGAAAUCAAAUCUACGUUUAUACUUUGCAACCAAUUUGAAGUGUGUGUCAGUUUCAAUGACCUUAAAAGGUCAUAACUUAAAUGCAUGACAUAUUCAAUGGGUUAUAAUUUCUAUAGUGUGACCUUACAUAACAUGCACCACUAGAGGCAGAGAUAAGUUCAUUCAAGAAUCAAGCGAGAAUAUUUCCACAUACCUUUUCUACACUUUACACAAAUACUAUAAUUACAUUUGCUCAAAGCCAAAUGGACUCAUUUUCUGGAUUUAUACAUCAAAUUAAAAGGAAACUUGAUUAAUAAAAUUGAGAAGUAAAUAAAUACUGUGAUGGAAAUACAGCAUCCAACACCUGACUUGUAAGGAAGAAACAGUUGUUAAAAAUAGUAAAGAUAGAAAUAACUAGAAAAUUAUCCAGUAAAGUUAGAAACUGACUGAAGAACUCAUUCCCAGAACUGUGGUGGUUUUGUAUGAAGUUAUGAAGAUAUAGCAUGUGGUGAUAUACAAAGACUGUACUUUGUACUCAUAAGGGUUUAACAGGUUGUCUCUUUCCCUCAUUCCAUUUUUCCAUUGUUGUUGUACAUUUGGCUGUUUAAAUUUGUUGUACAUAGAUUUUAACUCAUUCUGAAACACUGUGUUAUAUGUGAUUCUAUGACUGUUUUUAUUAAAGACCAAAGCCUUGUUUUCAUAGUU